AUGCCGUCCCUACAGAAGGUCCUGCACUUCUUGGGCGGUUGCCUGCUCGCCGCAUUGGAAGUCGGCCUGAUGGGGUUCGGAAUGUCGGAUUCCUGGGCUGUCAGCAAACUGGAAUGCGCAUCGCAAGGCAGCGACGGCCUCAACAGCACCGACUUGUACAACGGCACCGCUGACAUCUCCCUUGGACUCUUUUCCCUGGUGGUGUCCAGGGACAGCUGCCCUAGCUUCGGGGCGACUAAUACAUAUGCAACUUUCCAAAAAUUAGUAGCCAUAGGCGGCCCCCCACUCAUCCUGCACAGCCUCGUCGUAUCGAUCUUGGUCGUUAGCUUGAUCACUUCUGCAGGGACUAUCUUCAUCACCUUCUACAACAGUGUCAGCAACCCCUACCAGACACACUUGGGCCCCUCGGGUGUGUACACCUGUAGUGCUUGCAGCGUCAUAUUUGCCUUUCUGGCUCUCGUCUUGUUUCUGGUGAACGUUUUCGCCACAAACAUGUGGCAGGACAUCGUCCUGAAUGAGGUGAAAGUCAACCUUCGGAAUGUGACAGUGUCCAUGCGGCUUGGCUUCUACCUCCUGAUCCCCUCCUUGGUGAUGUCAUCCCUGGCCAUAGUGGUGAUCGUCCUGUACCAGCACGUUGCCUACACACACCAAAAGGAGCAACAGAGACCCACGGAGGACGCGCCCAAGGAGAUCAUGAUGUACUAGCGCCGACGUAACGCUCCAGAGCAGGCGUAAAAUGUGCGUUAUUUAAAUCCACAAAAUAAAUAUAACACAUUUCUCACUUUUGUCAGAUAUGUAGGAAGAAAACCACUUCCGAAUCCCUUGUAAUGUUUAUAGCGUUAAGAUUAGCAGUACAAGAUUACGGAAUGGGACCUUAUAAACUUACAGCUACAAAAUUGAAUAAUUUACGUGCAUUGCGAUAGCGGCGAUGUAUAAAAUGUGUGUGAAGGAAACAAAUUCACAGCAAGACCUGUACAAUUUUCCAAAUAUAUUUGUUUAAGCAGAUAUGGCUGUUUUUCCAGAUGUAUCAAAAUUCCCCUUCAAGAUUAAUUUCCACCAAGGCGGAACUGCAUAAUAAUAAUAAUAAUUUAAUUAUGCUAUACUUAGAUGUUAUAUUUUGCGUCCAUUGAACAGGAAAUAUCUGUUAAGUCGGCCCCGCCUAACCACGGACGCGUGAAGCAAACGGUCACAAAUGUUAAUGCAAUCACGGUAAAAACACACAAAACCUUCACCAUGGAGUCCAAACGCAAAGUUUACAGCUGUUCUGUUUUAUAUUGAAUUACACAUCUUGAGCUGAAGCGAUGUUAUGAUUUGGAAUCUUCAAUAUGAACUAUAUAUAUAUAGUUUUAGUGAUGUAUCCAAUUAUAUGAUAUAUUCAUUUUUAUAUACGUUCUUUGUUGUAAUUAAUAAUAU